ACUGGUGACGCAGGAAAAACACCCAAGAGCAGACAAAAAACUCAAGGAAGCUUGAGAACAUUAGCAGACCUAAUGCAUGUUUGAAAGUCCUAUGAAAGAGUCAUUGCCAAUGGUCUGGAAGCUGUGAGAUAGAAUCUGUACAAGUGUGCAUAAGGAAGUCACAUCUAAUUUCUGGUUAUGCAAUGGUCUCUGCAACUCGCCCUGAGUCCCAGGUUCUGGUUUCCUGUCCCGUCGUCCGCCGGUUCUGCUCCGCUGCUGCUGUCCAGGCAGUGAUUCCACACGCGGCUCCAGCCACAUAAUAAACGGACAAGAUUGCAAAGAUCUGCCCCGUGUCCGACAUGACGGCUACCACCCGCGGCUCCCCCGUGGGGGGCAGUGACGGCCAGGGCCAGAGCCAGGCUCCGGACGGACCGAGCCAAACCCCGCUGCCCCAGAACCAGACGCCCUCUCCUAACUCUUCUAACGAGAUGUCUCCGGUGAGCCCGCCGGAAGAACAGGGCCAGGGCGAUGCCCCGCCCACCCUGGAGGAAGAGGAGGAGCCAGCCUUCCCACAUACAGAUCUGGCCAAGCUGGACGACAUGAUCAACCGACCACGCUGGGUGGUACCCGUCCUGCCAAAGGGAGAGCUGGAAGUCCUACUUGAAGCAGCUAUAGAUCUAAGUAAAAAAGGGCUGGAUGUGAAGUGUGAAGCCUGUCAGAGGUUUUUCCGAGACGGCCUGACGAUCUCCUUCACUAAAAUCCUGACGGAUGAAGCGGUUAGCGGUUGGAAGUUUGAGAUUCAUAGGUGCAUCAUCAACAACACUCAUCGGCUGGUGGAGCUGUGUGUGGUCAAACUGUCGCAGGAUUGGUUCCCGCUGCUCGAGCUCCUCGCCAUGGCGAUGAACCCUCACUGCAAGUUCCACAUCUACAACGGCACCCGCCCGUCUGAGACCGUGCCCGCCGGCGCCCAGCUGGCAGACGACGAGCUGUUCGCCCGCCCUCCUGACCCACGAUCACCCAAGGGCUGGCUGGUGGACCUUAUAAAUAAGUUUGGCACGCUGAACGGGUUCCAGAUCCUUCACGACCGUUUCAUGAGCGGCCAGGCCCUGAAUGUCCAGAUCAUCGCAGCUCUCAUCAAGCCCUUCGGGCAGUGUUAUGAGUUCCUGACGUUACACACGGUGAAGAAGUACUUCCUCCCUGUGAUCGAAAUGGUUCCUCAGUUCCUGGAGAACCUGACGGACGAGGAGCUGAAGAAGGAGGCCAAGAACGAGGCCAAGAAUGACGCUCUCUCCAUGAUCAUAAAGUCCCUGAAGAACCUCGCCUCCAGAGUACCUGGCCAAGAGGAGACAGUCAAGAACUUAGAAAUCUUUAGGUUAAAAAUGAUACUUAGGUUAUUGCAAAUUUCCUCCUUCAAUGGCAAAAUGAAUGCACUAAAUGAAGUGAACAAGGUCAUCUCAAGCGUAUCCUAUUAUACCCAUCGCCAUGGCAACCCAGAGGAAGAGGAGUGGCUUACAGCAGAAAGGAUGGCGGAGUGGAUUCAGCAGAAUAACAUUCUGUCCAUUGUGCUGAGGGACAGUCUGCAUCAGCCUCAGUAUGUGGAGAAGCUUGAGAAGAUCCUGCGUUUUGUCAUUAAAGAGAAAGCACUGACUAUGCAGGACCUGGACAACAUCUGGGCCGCACAGGCGGGGAAACAUGAGGCCAUAGUGAAAAACGUCCAUGACCUGCUGGCUAAACUGGCCUGGGACUUCUCCUCAGAACAGCUCGAUCAUCUUUUCGACUGUUUCAAGGCGAGCUGGACCAACGCCAGUAAGAAGCAGAGGGAGAAACUGCUGGAGUUGAUCCGUAGGCUGGCGGAGGAUGAUAAGGAUGGAGUGAUGGCACAUAAAGUGUUGAACCUGCUGUGGAACCUGGCCCACAGUGACGACGUUCCCGUCGACAUCAUGGACCAGGCUCUGAGUGCCCACAUCAAGAUCCUGGACUACAGCUGCUCUCAGGACCGCGACACGCAGAAGAUCCAGUGGAUCGACCGUUUCAUCGAGGAGCUGCGGACAAACGACAAAUGGGUGAUUCCUGCACUGAAGCAGAUCCGAGAGAUCUGCAGCCUGUUCGGAGAGGCGCCGCAAAACCUCAGUCAGACCCAGAGGAGUCCACACGUGUUUUACCGUCAUGACCUGAUCAACCAACUCCAGCACAACCACGCACUGGUCACACUGGUCGCCGAGAACCUGUCUGCCUACAUGGAGAACAUGAGACAGUUCUCCAAAGAACACCCAGACUUUGACCCGCAGACGGUUCGGGUGGGCAGCCGAUACAGUCACGUGCAGGAAGUCCAGGAGAGACUGAACUUCCUGAGGUUCCUGCUGAAGGACGGGCAGCUUUGGCUGUGUGCUCCGCAGGCUAAGCAGAUCUGGAAGUGUCUGGCGGAGAAUGCUGUGUUCCUGUGCGACCGCGAGGCCUGUUUUAAAUGGUACUCCAAACUCAUGGGCGACGAGCCCGACCUGGACCCGGACAUCAACAAGGACUUCUUCGAGAACAACGUUCUGCAGCUGGACCCGUCGCUGCUGACGGAGAACGGCAUGAAGUGCUUCGAGCGUUUCUUCAAGGCGGUGAACUGCAGGGAGGGGAAGCUGGUGGCGAAACGCAGGGCGUACAUGAUGGAUGACCUGGAACUGAUUGGUCUGGAUUAUCUCUGGAGGGUCGUGAUUCAGGGCAGUGACGACAUCGCCACACGCGCCAUAGACCUGCUGAAGGAGAUUUACACAAACCUCGGACCAAAACUCCAAGUCAAUCAGGUGGAGAUCCACGAGGACUUUAUCCAGUCGUGUUUUGACCGGCUGAAGGCGUCAUACGACACGCUGUGUGUCCUGGACGGAGAUAAAGACAGUAUAAACUGUGCCAGGCAGGAGGCUAUUCGCAUGGUGAGGGUGCUGACGGUGCUGAAAGAAUACAUCACCGAAUGUGACAGUGACUACCACGAGGAGAGGACCAUUCUGCCCAUGUCCAGGGCGUUUCGUGGGAAGCAUAUCUCUCUGGUGGUACGUUUUCCUAAUCAGGGGAGACAGGUGGACGACCUGGACAUCUGGUCUCACACGAACGACACCAUUGGCUCGGUGCGGCGCUGCAUCCUCCAGCGCAUCAAAGCCAACAGCACGCACACCAAGGUCGAGCUUUUCAUUGGUGGAGAGAUCGUGGAUCCAGCCGAUGACCGCAAGCUGAUUGGACAGCUCAACCUCAAAGACAAAACGUUGAUCACAGCGAAGUUGACCCAGGUCAGCUCUAACAUGCCCUCCAGCCCAGACAGCUCCUCCGACUCCUCCACUGGCUCACCCGGUAACCACGGCAACCACUACAGCGACGGGCCCAACCCAGAGGUGGAGAGCUGCUUACCUGGCGUGAUCAUGUCCCUGCACCUGCGGUAUAUCUCUUUCCUGUGGCAAGUGGCAGAUCUGGGCUGUACUCUCAACAUGCCUCUACUCAGGGAUGGAGCCAGACUUCUCAUGAAGCUGAUGCCUCCAGAUAACACUACGGUGGAGAGUCUUCGGGCGAUCUGUUUAGACCAUGCGAAACUGGGAGAGACCAGUCUCAGCCCCACACUGGACUCACGCUUCUUCGGCCCCUCCCCCUCACAAGUGCUCUACCUCACCGAGGUGGUGUACGCCCUGCUCAUGCCUGCCAGUGGUACACUGGGAGAGGACGCCAGUGACUUCCAGUAUAACUUUCUGAAGAGCGGAGGCUUACCUCUCGUCCUGGGAAUGCUCACCAGGAACAACUUCCUGCCCAACGCGGACAUGGAGACCCGGCGCGGUGCCUACCUGAACGCUCUGAAGAUCGCCAAGCUCCUGCUGACGGCCGUGGGCUUCGGGCACGUCAAGGCGGUGGCUGAGGCGUGCCAACCCGUGGUGGAGGGCACCAACCCCGCCUCCCCUAUAAACCAGGCGACUCAUGACCAAGCCCUGGUGCUUCAGAACGCUCUCCAGAACAUUCCCAACUCGGCUUCGGAAUGCAUGUUACGGAACGUCGCCAUCCGCUUGGCACAGCAGAUCUCUGACGAGAAUUUCUUCCAAGCGUCCAAAUACAUCCCGGACAUCUGCGUGAUCCGCGCGGUGCAGAAGAUCGUCUGGGCGUCGGGCUGCGGCUCCGUCCAGCUGGUCUUCAGCUCGAACGAGGAGAUCAGCAAGAUCUAUGAGAAGACGAAUGCGGGGAACGAGCCGGACGCGGAGGACGAGCAGGUGUGCUGUGAGGCGUUAGAGGUCAUGACCCUGUGUUUCGCCCUCAUCCCCACGGCGCUGGACACCCUGAGUAAAGAGAAAGCCUGGCAGACCUUCAUCAUCGACCUUCUGCUGCACUGUCAGAGCAAGACCGUGCGUCAGAUGGCUCAGGAGCAGUUUUUCCUCAUGGCGACGAGGUGUUGCAUGGGCCACCGACCACUCCUCUUCUUCAUCACCCUCCUCUUCACUGUCCUGGGAAGCACGGCUAAAGAAAGGGCGAAACACGCUGGUGAUUACUUCACCCUGCUGCGUCACCUGCUCAACUACGCCUACAACAGCAACAUCAACCUGCCCAACGCCGAGGUCCUGCUCAACAACGAGAUUGACUGGCUGAAGAGAAUCAGGGAUGAAGUGAAGAGAACAGGGGAGACUGGGGUGGAGGAGACGAUUCUAGAAGGUCACCUCGGGGUCACCAAGGAGCUGCUGGCUUUCCAGACGCCGGAGAAGAAAUACUACAUCGGCUGUGAGAAGGGAGGUGCCAACCUCAUCAAGGAGCUGAUAGACGAUUUCAUCUUCCCGGCGUCGAACGUGUACCUGCAGUACGUGAAGACCGGAGAGUUCCCAGCGGAACAGGCCAUUCCAGUCUGCAGCACUCCGGCGUCGAUCAACGCCGGCUUUGAGCUGCUGGUGGCUCUGGCCGUGGGCUGCGUCCGAAACCUCAAACAGAUUGUCGACACGCUCACGGACAUGUACUACUUAGGUUGCGAAGCCCUGACGGAGUGGGAGUACCUGCCUCCGGUCGGGCCACGCCCAACCAAAGGGUUUGUGGGUCUGAAGAACGCCGGAGCCACGUGUUACAUGAACUCUGUGAUCCAGCAGCUCUACAUGAUCCCACCAAUCAGGAACGGCAUUCUCGCCAUCGAAGGCACGGGCAGCGACGUGGACGAUGACAUGUCCGGAGACGAGAAGCAAGACAAUGAGAGUAACGUGGACCCACGGGACGAGGUGUUUAGUUACCAUCACCAGUUUGAGGAUAAGUCCUGUCUCAAUAAGGCUGAGGACCGGAAGGAGUACAACAUAGGGGUACUGCGCCACCUACAGGUCAUCUUCGGUCAUCUCGCUGCCUCCCGUCUGCAGUACUAUGUACCCAGAGGCUUCUGGAAACAGUUUAGGUUAUGGGGUGAGCCAGUGAAUCUGAGGGAGCAGCAUGAUGCCUUGGAGUUCUUUAACUCCUUGGUAGACAGCCUGGAUGAAGCGCUCAAGGCUCUGGGCCAUCCCAGCAUGCUGAGCAGAGUGUUAGGCGGUUCGUUCGCGGAUCAGAAGAUUUGCCAGGGCUGUCCUCACAGGUAUGAAUGCGAAGAAUCCUUCACAACGUUGAAUGUAGACAUUAGAAACCAUCAAAACCUCCUCGACUCUCUGGAACAGUAUGUGAAAGGGGACCUGUUGGAAGGAGCCAAUGCUUACCACUGUGAGAAGUGUAACAAGAAGGUUGACACAGUGAAGCGCCUCCUCAUUAAAAAGCUCCCUCCAGUCCUGGCCAUCCAGCUCAAGCGUUUCGAUUACGACUGGGAACGCGAGUGCGCCAUCAAGUUCAACGACUACUUCGAGUUUCCGCGGGAACUGGACAUGGAGCCCUACACCGUGGCGGGUGUGGCCAAGCUGGAGGGAGACGAGGUUCACCCCGAGAGCCAGGUGAUCCAGCAGAACGAGCCGUCGGAGCCGGAGCCGCCCGGCAGCAGCUCGCGGUACCGUCUGGUCGGCGUGCUGGUCCACUCCGGUCAGGCCAGCGGCGGACACUACUACUCGUACAUCGUCCAGCGUCACGGCAACGGCGGGGACGGGCAGCGCGACCGCUGGUACAAGUUCGACGACGGCGACGUGACGGAGUGCAAGAUGGACGAUGACGAGGAGAUGAAGAACCAGUGUUUCGGCGGCGAGUACAUGGGCGAGGUGUUCGACCACAUGAUGAAGAGGAUGUCGUACCGACGGCAGAAACGCUGGUGGAACGCCUACAUCCUGUUCUACGAACGCAUGGACACCGCGGGCGGGGACAGGGAGCUGCUGAAAUACAUCUCCGAGCUGUCGCUGUCGCCCGCGCCCGCCAGCGUGCCGCGCCCGCACCAGCUGAAGAUGCCGGUGGCCAUCGAGUGCUGCGUGCGGAAGCAGAACGUGCAGUUCAUGCACAGCCGCAUGCAGUACAGCCUGGAGUACUUCCAGUUCGUCAAGAAACUGCUCACCUGCAAUAGCGUUUACCUGAACCCGCCCCCAGGUCAAGAUCACCUCCUGCCCGAAGCUGAAGAGAUAGCGAUGAUAAGCAUUCAGCUUGCUGCUAGAUUCCUGUUCACCACGGGAUUCCACACCAAGAAGGUCGUCCGAGGCCCCGCUAGCGACUGGUAUGAUGCUCUGUGCAUCCUACUCCGUCACAGUAAGAAUGUCCGUAGCUGGUUUGCACACAACGUCCUGUUUGCCUUCCCCACGCGGUUCUCCGAGUACCUGCUGGAGUGCCCCAGCGCAGAGGUCCGCGGAGCCUUCGCCAAACUCCUCGUCUUCAUCGCCCAUUUCUCCCUCCAGGACGGACCCUGCCCCGCCCCCGUCACCUCCCCCGGCACCUCCACACAGACGUGUGACAAUCUGAGCCUGAGUGACCAUUUGCUGCGGGCUGUGCUGAACCUGCUGAGGAGGGAGGUGUCGGAGCACGGACGACACCUCCAGCAGUACUUCAACCUCUUCGUCAUGUACGCUAACCUAGGUUUGGCAGAGAAGACCCAGUUACUGAAGCUGAGUGUUCCGGCCACGUUCAUGCUGGUGGCGCUGGACGAGGGUCCGGGCCCUCCCAUUAAAUACCAGUACGCAGAACUGGGCAAACUCUACACGGUGGUGUCCCAGCUGCUGCGCUGUUGCGAUGUAUCAUCGCGCAUGCAGUCCUCAAUCAACGGCAAUCCUGCUCUUCCAAACCCCUACGGCGAUCCAAACCUCACGGCUCCCAUCAUGCCCAUCCAGCAGCUGGUGGCGGAGAUCCUGUUUGUGCGGACCAGCUACGUGAAGAAGAUUAUCGAGGACUGCAGUAACUCUGAGGAGACGGUCAAACUGCUGCGCUUCUGCUGCUGGGAGAACCCGCAGUUCUCCUCCACAGUGCUCAGUGAGCUGCUCUGGCAGGUGGCGUACUCAUACACGUAUGAGCUGAGGCCUUACCUUGACCUACUUCUCCAGAUCCUGCUUAUCGAGGACUCCUGGCAGACACACAGGAUUCACAACGUGCUGAAGGGAAUCCCAGAUGACAGAGACGGGCUUUUCGACACCAUCCAGCGAUCCAAGAACCACUACCAGAAACGAGCCUACCAGUGCAUCAAGUGCAUGGUGGCUCUCUUCAGCAACUGCUCUGUGGCAUACCAGAUUCUCCAGAGUAACGGUGAUCUGAAGCGGAAGUGGACGUGGGCGGUGGAGUGGUUGGGCGAUGAGUUGGAGCGGAGACCGUACACGGCGAACCCGCAGUACAGCUACAACAACUGGUCCCCGCCCGUGCAGAGCAACGAGACGUCCAACGGAUACUUCCUGGAACGUUCUCACAGCGCACGCAUGACCCUGGCCAAGGCCUGUGAACUCUGCCCAGAGGAGGAACCAGAUGACCAGGAGGCCCCCGACGACCAUGACUCCUCCCCCCCAGAGGACACUGCACUUUAUCCCCACUCACCUGGGACGCAGUAUCAACAGCCAAACAACCAUCCUCACACACAGCCCUACACUGGCCCGGCGGCUCAGCACAUGAACAACCCCCAGCGCCCGUCUCAGAGGCCCCAGGAGAACUGGGAGGGGGCGGAGGAGGUGGUGCCGCCCGUCCAGACGAAGGAGUAGCGACCGCCUUUCCCCUGUCCUCAUCUCUCUCUCUCUCUCUCGCCUCGCCUCCUGACCCUGCUCCUGUUCUGAUCCAAUCGACUGACCGCCCUGUAAAGGGAGGGGCAGGGUGGAGGAGCCUGAGCUUCGUAGCUCCGCCUCCUCUCCAGGACGAAAAACCCCACGCCCUCUUCCGGCUCCACCCCCACACACACACACACCGCUCUUACGUUAACUCCUUGGCCUGUGACCUUUGCCCCCUCCUGUGACCCUGAAGACUGAUGGUUGUGUGGUAUUAUGUACCUGGAGUGGUACUGAGUCUCAACACUGUCUGCCCAGCAGAGCUCGGCACUCAAAAACACACACACACACACACACACACACAGAUACACACAUGCAGACAGACACACUUGCUGCCUGUGUAUAACUGUAUCAGUGAGGAGAGACCGAUGUUGAGGGAUGUGGGUUUGUGUCUGUGUAUGUGUGUGUGGGUGUAGGUGUAGGUAUGGAGGGUGUGUGUGUGUGUGUGCACGUGUGUGUGUGUAUUCAGGAAGGGUGGUGGUGUACAUAGUGCAUAUGUGUUAUGAUCGUUGGAGAAUCGACACCCACAAUCCUCCUGGGUUUCCAUGGCAACUGACUGCCUUGUCUGUCGCUGCCAGAGACUUUUAUUAGCUACAAACACUAUAAAGCAGUUGGAACGCAAGAUGAGAGAAGGGGUGUGUGUGUGUGU